CCCGCCUGGGAGUCGGCGCUCUGCUGGCCGGGGCUCAGCGCUCAGCGGCGCCGGGACGGGCGGCUGCCGCCCCUGGGGCUCGCAGGAUGCCGGCGGCUGCGCGGCGGCGCGGGGCGCGGGUGCUAUGGGCGCUGCUGUGGGUGUCCCUAGCGCGCUGCUACAACGUGGACCUGGGUCGCCCCGUGGUUUUCCAGGGCCCCAAUGGCUCCUUCUUCGGGUACUCGGUGCUGCAGCACUACCACGACAGCACGCGGUGGGUCUUGGUUGGUGCUCCCAAGGCAGAAUCUAAAUACAGCACCUCUGUUCAGUCCCCAGGAGCAGUGUUUAAAUGUCGAGUCCAUACCAACCCUGACAGGAGAUGCACCGAGCUGGAUAUGGGGCGAGGCAACUCUCGGGGCAUGCUCUGUGGCAAGACCUGCAAAGAAGACAGAGAUGAUGAAUGGAUGGGUGUGAGCCUGGCUAGACAGCCGAAGGCUGGUGGAAGCGUGCUGGCAUGUGCUCACCGCUGGAAGAACAUCUACUAUGAGACAGAGUACAUCCUGCCUCAUGGCUUCUGCAACAUCAUUCCCCCCAACCUGCAGCCCAAUGGGAGGAGGCUGUUUCCCUGCUAUGAAGAGUACAAGAAGAAGUAUGGGGAGGAGCACGGCUCAUGCCAGGCAGGGAUUGCGGGCUUCUUCACAGAGGAGCUGGUCAUCAUGGGUGCACCGGGAUCUUAUUAUUGGACAGGAACUGUCAAAGUACUGAAUCUCACUGACAACACAUAUUACAAGCUAAACGAUGAUGCCAUGAUAGGCAGGCGGUACACAUACCUUGGAUAUGCAGUGACAGCAGGUCAUUUCUCCCAGCCGACUAGCACGGACGUUGUAGGAGGAGCUCCCCAGGAUGGAGGCAUCGGAAAGGUUUAUAUCUUCAGAACAGACAGACUGUCAGGCUCUCUGGUAAAGAUUUUUCAGGCUUCAGGGAAAAAGAUGGGCUCUUACUUUGGCUCCUCCUUAUGUGCAGUUGAUCUGAACUCUGACGGGUUGUCAGACCUGCUGGUCGGAGCACCUAUGUUUUCUGAGAUCAGAGAUGAAGGUCAAGUCACAGUCUAUAUCAACAGAGGAAACGGGGUGCUGGAAGAGCAGCUGGUCCUGGAUGGUGACAGCGCCUACAACGCGCACUUUGGGGAGAGCAUGGCUGCGCUCGGUGACAUUGAUGAUGAUGGAUUCCCAGAUGUUGCCAUUGGAGCGCCUAAGGAGGAUAACUACAGAGGAGCAGUGUACAUUUACCAUGGGGAUGCCAAUGGUAUUGUACCUCAGUACUCUAUGAAGCUGUCCGGGCAAACAAUAAACCCCAUGCUGAGGAUGUUCGGCCAGUCCAUAUCAGGGGGAGUGGAUAUGGAUAGCAAUGGUUAUCCAGAUAUGACUGUUGGAGCCUUCUUGUCAGACAACGUGGUACUUCUGAGAUCCAGGCCUGUCAUUACCAUGGAUAUCUCCAUUUUCCUGCCCGUGUCCAUCAAUAUCACAGCUCCUCAGUGCCAUGAUGGCUUGCAGCCAGUGAACUGCCUCAAUGUCACGACGUGCUUCCGCUUCAGUGGCAAGCGUGUUCCUGGAGAAAUAGGUUUGAAUUAUAACUUGACUGCUGAUGUGGCAAAGAAGGAAAAGAGCCAGCAACCCAGAGUUUAUUUUGUGACUUCUGGAGAGACGAUGGGGCAGAUCACAGAGAAGUUAGAGCUGACAUACAUGCAGGAAAAGUGCGAGCAUUACCUGGCAUAUGUCAAGAAAAGAGUCAAAGACGUUAUAUCUCCAAUUGUAUUUGAAGCUGCAUACAGCCUUGGGGAACAUGUAAUAGAAAGAGGAAAAGAGGACAAGGAACUGCCUGCUCUCAAGCCCAUACUCCGCUGGAAGAAAGGACAAAAGAUAGCACAAAGGAACCAGACUGUUUUCGAGAGGAACUGUCAAUCUGAUGACUGUGCUGCUGAUUUGAAACUUCAGGGUAAAUUACUGCUCUCUAGUGUUGAUGACAGAACUGCCUACCUGGCCCUGGGAGCGGUGAGGAACAUCUCACUUAACAUUUCCAUCUCUAACGUUGGGGAUGAUGCCUAUGACACCAAUGUUUUCUUCAAUUUUUCUGGAGAGCUCUUCUUCAUCAAAAUGUGGCAAAAGGAGGAGCUGGGCAUUGCCUGUGAGUUGCUUGAGUCAGAUUUCCUCAAGUGCAGCGUGGGAUUUCCUUUCAUGAGAUCGAAAUCUAGGUAUGACUUCAGUGUGAUCUUUGAUACGAGCCACUUGUCUGGGCAGGAAGAAACACUUACCUUCCUUGUCACUGCACAAAGUGGAAACCUAGAACGCACUGAAUCUCUGCAUGAUAACACCCUAACCCUGUCGGUGCCCCUGAUGCAUGAAGUGGACUCAUCUAUCAAUGGAGAAGUCUUCCCUACUUCAUUUUUCUAUGGUGAUUCUGUGGAAGCGUCCAACUUUGUUCAGUUGGAAAACCAUGAAUGUCAUUUCCAGUCUCUCAACUUCACACUGCAGGUUUACAAUGCGGGGCCAAGCACUCUCCCUGGAGCUUUUCUUGACAUUUCAUUUCCAAACCGCCUCUCUGCCACUGGAGCCGAAAUAUUUCAUGUUCAACAGAUGAUGGUUGGUCAGGACAAAGGAAGCUGUUCUUUUCACAGAAACCCCAGCCCAUGCAUUGUUCCUCAAGAGAAUGAGAAUAUUUUCCACACGAUAUUUGCUUUUUUCACAAAGUCUGGCAGAAAAGUAUUGGACUGUGAAAGACCAGGCAGGUCCUGCUUAAUUAUACGCUGCAACUUAAGUUCACUAGCCAAAGCAGAGUCCUGUGAUAUAAGUAUCUACACGCUGCUGAAUACAGAGAUACUGAAGAAGGACAGUUCAUCAGUCAUCCAGUUCGUCACAAGGGCAAGGGUGCGGGUGGACCCUGACCUCAGAGUUGUGGAGAUACCCAAUGGGAGCCCAGAAGAAAAACCAGUGGUCUUUGAGGCUUUGCACAAUCUGGAGCCUCGUGGGUAUGUUGUCGGAUGGAUCAUUGCCAUCAGUUUGCUGGUGGGAAUUCUCAUCUUCCUGUUGCUGGCCGUGCUUUUAUGGAAGAUGGGCUUCUUCCGCCGGAGGUACAAAGAAAUUAUUGAGGCCGAAAAGAGCAGGAAGGAGAAUGAAGAUAGUUGGGACUGGGUCCAGAAAAAUCAGUGAACUGCCCAUGAAAAGUAAAGCCCAGUCAUGUGGCACGUGCUUGCUAGCCUAUAGGUCCUGCUCUCGUAUCUUCCAUAUGUGGAAGAAGGAAUCUUCUCCAGAUUUUUCGGAGACCCCGUUGAUGCUGUGUCUUUAUCACUCCAACAAGCUAGGGAACAUAAUCCUGAGGCAACCACUGCAGCCACGUCAGGUGACUGGAGCGAUUUACACUUCAUUUAAGAGCUGAAAUUUGAACUUCGGUAACCAAGCUGCAGUGCAGAGCAAUAUUUAUGAAUCCAACUAUGUGGUAUACCCUCAGGGGAAGACUGUUACCUAAAAAUAUUUUUUAUAAAUAUAAGCUUUUUAUAUUGAUUAUGUCUUUAUAUUUGUAUCAAUGUUUUAUAGUUUCUAUUGAAUAGCUAUAUAGUUCACUCAAGCACUGAUAUCUGGCUAAACCCUUGGAAAUACAUAUAUGUAUAUACAAAUCGUAUUGUACUUUUAAACUUCAAUGCAAGAGAGAAGAGAGAGAUUUGCAGAUAAAAGUAGCUGAAAUCCUCAUAUGCUUAAUUCACAAGGCUUGGUAAUGUUGUGUGUAGACCAUUUUAUGGCAAUAAGCCAAAGUCUUUUCACUAUCUCUUUUUUUUUUAGUUGAAUUUGGUGUUUUAUUAACUGAAGAACCUAAUGUAUUACACAGAUGUGAUGUUCUGUAUCUGAGUCUGUCCUUUACUGGCCUGAAUGGGAGAGGAUGAAAAUAUUUCCUCAUUGAUGUGUAGCAAGACUUGUAGCUUGCUUUGGCUCACUGAAGAAAGCAUCACAGAAUGUUUUCCUUUGGGAAGUUUUCUCUUGCAGUCUUUAGUACUUUGAUAAUGGUCUAGGACUGUACAAUUGAGAUACCAGAAGGAUGUAACUGGGCCAACCACUGUGGCAUUGACAAAUUCCUUGGAAUUAAAAAUAAUAAUAAUAAUGGAGCCAUA